GAGACAUAGGUCAUGAAAAGCUGCCUUUAAACAGAGGAUACAAGUACAAGACAGCCUUAGGAAAUAAAUCCCCGGUGCCAAGGUUGGAUCAGUCAUUAUGGCAGACGGUUCUAAAGUUUUUAAGAAGACCAGCACUGAUGGCAAGUUAUCCAUCUACCUUGCAAAAAGGGACUUUGUGGAUCAUGUGGAAUUUGUGGAACCCAUAGAUGGAAUGAUUCUGAUUGCUCCAGAGUAUCAGAAGGAAAAAAAAGUUUUUGUGACACUGACUUGUGCAUUUCGCUAUGGUCGGGAUGACAUGGAACUCAUUGGCUUGAGCUACAGGAAGGAUCUGUACUCUCUGUCCUGCCAGGUGUACCCACCUCUCCCUGGAGAUCAGAAACCUCUUACACCUCUCCAGGAGAAACUACGAACCAAACUUGGAGAGAAUGCCUUCCCAUUCAACUUCAGUAUUGCCAAGAAUUUGCCAUGUUCUGUCACCCUUCAACCAGGACCCGAUGAUUCAGGGAAGCCCUGUGGGGUGGAUUUUGAAAUAAAAGGAUUUUGGGCAGAUACCCUGGAAGAGAAAGUCCACAAGAGGAACACUGUGAGUCUCAUUAUUAGAAAGGUCCAAUAUGCACCUGAGAUCACAGGACCAGCCCCACAUGCGGACAUCACACGCCAAUUCAUGAUGUCAGACCGACCACUGCAGCUGGAAGCCUCACUGGACAAAGAGUUAUACUAUCAUGGGGAACCUAUCAAUGUCAACAUGAAAAUCAACAACACAACCAACAAGAUUGUGAAAAAAAUCAAGAUCGCAGUGGAACAGGUUACAGAUGUCGUCGUGUAUUCAUUGGACAAGUACACAAAGACUGUUUGCACUCUGGAGAUUAAUGAUACUGUAGCAGCAAAUUCUGCACUCACCAGAACAUACUCUGUUACUCCUGUUUUGGCCAAUAAUCGAGAGAAGCGAGGCUUGGCCCUGGAUGGCAAACUAAAGCAUGGGGACACCAACCUAGCAUCAUCUACAAUUCUUCAACCUGGAAUGGAUAAGGAAGUGAUGGGGAUUUUGGUGUCUUACAAAGUUCGAAUUAGUCUGAUGGUAUCUAGAGGAGGCAUUCUCGGAGAACUGACAUCAAGUGAUGUUUCAGUGGAACUUCCGCUUACAUUGAUGCAUCCCAAGCCAGCAGAAAUGCUGAGGAUGUGGUUAUUGAGGAAUUUGCUCGCCAUAAACUGCAAGGGCAAAAUGAUGAUGAAGAUGAAGAAGCGAACAAAGAAAGCUAAAUCAGAAGUGAUGGCUCAACUCAAAAUGGAACAGACAUUUUGUGGUUUAUGUAAAUUACUGCAUUUUACAUGCACCUGUUUCUUUAUUUGGUGUUGUGAGGUAUUAGUAAAUAUAUUAGGGUUCCAGGCAAAGCUUUCUUUGUAUAUGUUUGGUUGGGUGACAGUGCCAACAUACAUCCAUUAGGCCUGAAAGUGAAAAGAGAAACACAAAGAUAUUUAUAGCCAAAUACAUCGUUAGAAACAUCAUUCCUUGCAAUGUUGAAUGCCCACAACCUUCCCAGCAUUAUUUUUUUCAUCACAUUUUCCUUACUACGUUUUCAGGGAAUGCUUAAUUGCCAUGUGACACAAAGCUAAGCACACAUAUUCACAGUAGUUGCCAUAGAAACUGAAGUUUUCUUAAAUGCUUGAUUUUAAUGUUCAAUCAAUUAAAACCAUUAUUCUAAACUAUAUUUUAAGAAAUAAAAAUAAAAUGGCAGAUCUGA